AUGAUUUUUAAAAAAGCAUUAUACAUAUUGUUGUUGCUAUACAUUGCAAUAGUUAAAAAGGGUGAAGGUAAACCUGAUUCUAAACAACCUUUUUUAUUUAAAAAUUUAGUGAUUGAUAAGAAAAAAUUAGAUAGCUCUUAUUAUCAUAAAUAUGAUAAUAUAAAAUGGAAUGGCAAAAUUAUAGCUAUAGGGGAUAUACACGGGGACAUAGAAAGCUUAAAACUAAUUUUAAGGCAUUCAAAAUUGAUUGAUGAAGAUGAUAAUUGGAUUGGUGAUAAUGUUUUAUUAGUACAAAAUGGUGAUGUAUUCGAUCGUGGUAUAUAUGGUCCAAUGAUUUAUAACUUUUUAUUUAAAUUGCAAAAAGAAGCAAUAAAAAAAAAUAGUAGAGUAAUAUUAAUAAUGGGAAACCAUGAACAAUUAAAUUUAUGCGGUAGUUUUUAUUAUGUAAAUCCAAAAGAAACUGAAAUAUUUUUUAAUAAUGAUAUUAAUUAUAGAUAUCAUAGUUUUGUAAACCCCAAUGGAGAAUAUCAUAAAAGAUUAAUACGAUUACCACCUAUGGUUAAAGUUAACAAUAUAAUAUUUACACAUGGAGGAUUAAGUUUAUUAAUAUCGAAAUUUAGUAUAAAUGAUAUAAAUUUAAAAACUCGAUUGCAAAUAGAAAAUAAAUGCGAAAUUUUAAAAUAUGAUUCAUUUCGUGAUUAUUUAAGUCGAGAUGGAGUAUUAUGGAAUGAUGUUAUGUCCAGAAAUGUACCUUAUUAUGAAAAAGAAAAAUGUUCAGAAUUAUUUCAAGUUUUAGAUAAAUAUGAUGCUAAAUAUCUAGUUGUUGGGCAUACUAGACAAUCAUCACACCAAAUUGGCUCUUAUUGUAAUAACCAUUAUUUUCUUAUCGAUACAGGUAUGAGCUUAUUUACGAAUGAUGACCAACCUUAUCCGAAUUAUCUUAAAAUUGAUGAUCAUAAAAUUAAAGCAGUUAGCUUAAUUGUUGACAAGAAAAAAAAAUGUCCACACAUCGAAAUACAAUUGAAUACUCCCAAUAAAGUCAAAUAUUGUGUGAAGGAAAAUGAAACUUAUUUGAACGAAUACUUAUGA